AUGACAGAGCUCCUCACCCGUAUUUUACUGAUACUCGUUAUCGUGGGUGCAACAACUGUCUCUGCACAUUCCACCUUCCACAUGUUUGCCCACCAAGAAUAUAACCAUCUUCAUUCUCACCCCGAAUCCAAUCACAACUCGCCACAUCACAAAUGUAUGCACGAUAAAAUCUUUAACGAUGAAUUACAAUUACAUGGUGGUGAUAAGUCCAAAUCAGAUCUUUUCAUGAAUUUAGACGUUUCUCGUGCAGUGAAUCUCCCACUCGAGCAUCGAACCAUUCUCACAGAAAAACGAGAGAUCCAAAAAGUCCAUGAUGUUUUCAGCCCCAUUCGUAUUCGUUUGGAUACAAGUGCCAUUGCCAACGAUGUUGAAUCACGAACAUGUUAUUCACAAGGUCAACAAUACAAGAGAGGAAAUCCCACUUCAACGAAUGUGAUCUGUAACGAUAAUUCAGCUUCGAAUUGUUGGGGAACUUGUCAAAGUGGAGAUGUUGUUACUGCUGCCAAACAAUCUCGUGUGUUGAGUCUUGUCAAUAUUGUGAAAGCUAAAAUUGAAGCUCAACUUACAACCAGAAGAUUAACCGUUUUUACAGUGCCUGCUACUCAAGCUCCGUGCGGAGCUGAAGGUGGUGUGGCACCAACAUCGAGUUCAACUGCUGCUUGGGCAAUGGCUUGUAUUAUAGAGUCUACUUAUAAGAGACCUAUCGCAGGACAAUUGAAUAUUAAUCCAGCUAUUUUAGAUAUUUACAAUAGCGCUUCUAAUGAACAUGUCUUGUUGAGUACUUUGGAACAUGAAGUCACUCAUAUUUUAGGAUUCAGUGCUUCCAUGUAUAGUAAUUAUGUAGAUUCUAAUGGAAACAAUUUAGGAGAAAGUAAUGUUGUUGCUACAAGACAAUCUAAUGAAAAUGGAGUACAGGUUUCUCGUACUUUUUUCAUCCAUCCCACCUUGAGAGCCAUGUUCCAAAAAAUUACAGGUUGUUCUUCACCAGUCGAUGUUCCUAUUGAAGAAUAUGGAAAUUCUGGAUCUGCUGGUUCACAUUUUGACAGUCGAGUAUUUAUGAAUGAAUUGAUGGCACCUUCUUUGGAUGGAUGUCAACAAUUUGGAAGAUCUUGUUUUACAUCCGUUGCUACUCUUACACUGUUACAAGUGACAGGAUGGUAUCAACCUAAUUUAACCAAUGCCAUUGAACCAACUUUUGGUAAGAAUAUGGGUUGCUCUUUUGCUACUGACCGAUGCAACAAUUGGGAUACUACUCGUAAGGGUUAUUACUGUACAGAUACAACUUCAAAGAAAGUGACUUGCGCCUAUCAUUUACGUGAUAAGGGAGUUUGUGACAUUGUGACUUUUACAAGCAAUUUGCCUGCUCAAUAUCGAUACUUUUCAAAUCCAGCAAUGGGAGGAAGAGUUUCAUGGUUUGAUUUUUGUCCACUCAUUCGUCGUUACAUUGCUUGUAAUGAUAAAACAAUGCCAAGACGUUCAUCAGAGGUGUUCAAUUCAAACAGUGCUUGUUUUGAAGGAAAUUUGGAAUUGAAUGGAUUUUCUGGAACAAUGGAAGACGAGAGUUCUUCUUCGAGAUGUCUCGUAUACAGUUGUGACAAGACUAGAAAGAUUCUUAGAAUUCGACUUCACACAACCUCUCAAUAUGUUGACUGUCCUGCAGAUCAAUCCUAUCUCAAGAUUACUAGUUUCAAUGGAUUCAAAGGAUCUAUUGCUUGCCCUAAAUUAGGUUAUACUCUCUUGUGUGAAGCUCAGGAAAUUGCACCAAGUACUGAUGAUGGAACAGGACAAUAUAUUGAUCCCAAUGAGGCUGGAAAUGAAAAAUCGGAUGGUACUACCAAUGGAAAAACAUGCUUCUUUAUAUUUUGUUGGGGAGGUAAUGCAAAUCAGACUUUCAAGAUUUGGAGUACACAUUUCAUGCUUUUAAUUGGCAUUGUUUUAACAUUGCACAUGAUCUUUGGAUAUGCUGCUUCAGAGUAA